AUGGAUUCUAUUCUCACGCCGCUGAUCUGGAGGAAAUUCCAAGAUGGUAACGGAUCAAGAAGUUCUGAAGAAUCAAACAACAGCACCAUCUCAACUCCAAACUCAAAUACGGAUGUGAUAGAUGGCAUUCUUCAACAGUACGAAGCGCGGCUGUCCAAGAAUAAGGCGUUAAAUCUUGUGGUCAUGGAUAAUUCGGAAUCUGAUGACGCCGAAGUAACUUCAGAAGCAACCACUCAGAAGCGAGCCUUGAUUAUUGCCAGAACCUCAUUAAUUUAUGAGGAUGUUCAACCUCUCGAAACAAACUCAAAAGUCUUCACUACCAAUAACCACCACCACCAGACAAGUCAGCAACGGUGUAUCUAUGAAAGGCGCAACAGCGAAGGAGCCCAGAUAUCACUUCCUAGACCAUUAUUCAUCGAUGCUAUUGAAUCUAUCAGCUCGAAAUCCACGGGUUCAAAAAUCCAUCACCCCCGAAUGAAUCUUCAACAUGUUUCCGAGACAGAUGGACACUAUGAAGUUAGGAUAGACAAAGGGUUUCAGCGAAAAGGUGUCGAGCCAAAAUUGGUGUCAGAUACAUCCAUCUCCCAUAUAGAAGACUUGGAAGAGCCAGAGACAAGUAACAUCCACUUCCAAAAAGUUUCCAAACUUGCGUACAUCGACAUAUGUAAUGCAAAUAACGAGAAGCCAAUAAUUCAAAACAUAAAUGAUUUCGAUGGCCUAGAUGAUCACAGUCCAAUAACUUUGGUGGAUGAUGCGCCAAAGGAAGGGGAUACGGACUCAAGCAAGAUUGUGCAGCCGGUCGAGUGGAUGUUUGCACAUCGCUACUGGAAAAAUACCAGCACCCGAAUUUCUCCAACGGCGCAAUCUUCCAAAGCAUUCAAAGAGACCGGUGCAAAGAUGACCAGACCUGCUUUACAUGGAGGCAAAAAACCUGUGAACCGGCUGAGAAAUGCACAAAAUACUCCUUCAUAUUCGCACACCCGGUCAUUCGAGCCCUUCAAUCUUCAAGCUGAACGACCCAACAAGAAGCAAAAAACAGAGCAAGCACUUUUAAGCAAUGGAACAGGCAGCGGGCCAAAUCAUUUUGAGCAUGAAGCAAAUCAGGGUCAGGGACCUAUGAGCCAGAUGCCUAUACAGAAAAGCCAGGGUCACACUCACGGAAAUGCUGGUUUUAAGGCACAACAGACCGCCAACGCUAAGAGACUUACAAAUGGUUCACAACUGGAGGAUAUUAGAGACCCUAUAUCCAAUGAAGAAGAUGAGCUGCAGGCUCCACACUCUGCCUCGAAAUCCGUUCCUCGCGUUGUAAUUCCGUUUGGUAGCAACUUACACCUAGCAGCUGCACACCAAGCUCCACGUUCGAGAGCAAGCGAAAUCCAGAAAUCGUCGCGCGUCUCAAAUUCGCAACUCGAAAGGCGCAUUUCAUUCAAUUCUGUACAAAAGAGACGUGUAUUGGGAGAGUUGCGACUAGAGGACGGCAGUGAGGAUGAGUUAUCGCAGGGAAACCCACCCGAGGUAUUGCAUGUAAAGCGGGCCAAUAAAUCACGACAGAACCCAGAAGCCAACUACAACGACGGCGAGGAUGAUAUUGAUAUAGAAUCGAGCCUUGAUAGAAGGGGUGACAUGACGAAAUGGGGCAGCGAUAGAUCUCACGACCAAAAAUUACAAGAACGGGACUACAGGAAAUCUUUCAGGGUUGAAAGCCUCUUUUCACCAACUUUUUAUUGGCAUCGACCAGGUACAAUGCAGAAGCAGUGCGUGGUUCUGGACAAGUCCGGGACAUUGGGACUUAUGGGUGAUGAUAAGAAAAUCAUUGGAGGGUUCUUUAUCAACGCAAAUGCCAUCCUUAAAAUGACGGUUGGACGUGACUCCUGUAAACUGACUAUCCGAAAGUCUCAAGGGAUUGGUCCCAUGAAGGAUCAUGACAUGCUCAUGGAAUUUUCCGGGUUGUUCGAGAUUGAAAAUUUCCUCAAGUCGAUCAAGCCAUUCCUGAAAGAUGCUGAAGUUAAAUGGGUGGAAUCUUCUGAAAUCGAUCAAAGGUUUCAUCAUACCCGCGAAGAACUCGACAAGAGAGCUGACCAAGCAGCCAAGAAACGAAGCAGAGCCGAAAGCCAGCCUGAAGACGUUCAACUCUUGACGUUAAAUCAAGACAGACGAACGGCGCAGCGAACCCAAUUGCUUGGGCAUGACGGUCAGCAAGCACAACAUUACAAUCUCUCAAGAGCAAAGAGGCAAAAAAUUCAUGAAAAGAUGCAGAUGCCGCUCUCUCAACAAAACAAGAAUGAUAAUUCCGAUCCAAUCGAACCCGCCGAGUUUUACACAUCAUCCAGCAAAACCAAUGGAACUCGUGCUUCAUUACGAAGCGCUGAGAGACCCAAGUCGUUCAAACCGACCUCCGAGGCAAGAAGUCCCAGCCCGGAACGUUGGUCUGAGGUCAAUAGGGACUGGGAAAAGAAUUGGGAGAAAUCUGUGGUAUAUCCUAAGAGCGGUAAGAAGACCGCUACCGUUGAUAAGCAAGAUAUCUACAGGCUUGAUAAUGGAGAGUUUCUGAACGACAAUCUUAUUAUGUUCUAUCUCCUCUGGCUCGAGCAGCAGCAUCCCGAGCUGGCUAAUCGCGUUUAUGUUCAUAACACGUUUUUUUACGCAAGCUUAACCAAGGCUGCGAAGGGCAAGAAAGGGAUCAACUAUGAGGCUGUUGAGAGAUGGACAGCGAAAGUUGAUCUUCUGUCUUAUGAUUAUAUUAUUGUUCCCGUCAAUGAGAAUACUCAUUGGUAUGUGGCAAUCAUAUGCAAUGCGCCCAAGCUUCUCAACCUAGAGAUCAAACAGUCGUCACAACCUAUCGAGAAUGGUGCGCAAUCUGAACAGAAUAGAGAAAUAGAGUCUUGCAGCGCAAGCAAGCUCACCACACCCUCUAAAUCACCACCGUCUGGUCCCGUGAGAUCUGUAAAUGAUAAAGACGAGACUGGUGUCAACAAUAGCUUUGGAGAGUUGUCAUUGGCACAUGGCGAGGAAAGCGGAGCUCCAAUAGAUCUCGAGCUUGCAAAGAGUUUCCCUCCCAGUCACCACGGAUUGCUAUCUACUUCAUUGGAAAUGGAUCCGGACGAUACCGGGGUAGACAAGUCUGCAACAAAUGUGAUUGAUCUAGCACAAUCGAGCUCGCCACCGACAAAGUCAAACUCCACGGCAAAGGGCAAAAGAAUUCCGCCAAUUCGCACCUAUGACCCAAAGCAGCCUAGAAUCAUCACUUUUGAUUCACUUGCUUUGAAACACUCCAAUACUUGUAGCAAUCUCAAAGAUUACAUGGUCGCCGAAAUUAAAGCGAAGAAAAACAUGUCAAUCACACCCCCUAAACCCAUUGGUAUGGCGGCAAAAACACAGGACAAAGAUAGUGCCACAGGAAGAUAUUUAGGUAAAGGUCUCCCUGUACAAGGCAAUUAUUGCGACUGUGGCGUGUACCUGCUAAGCUACAUUGAGGAAUUCUUUGAACGCCCUGAUAGUUUCAUAGAAGAUAUCAUGGAGAACAAGUACGAAGUUGAUGGCGAUCGGAAUGAUACACCUGCAUUUCGUACUAAGAUCCGCAAUAUUCUUCUCAAGCUUCAGAAGGAGCAAGUUCAAGAAGCAUAUGCAGCCAAAAUGGCCAAAAUGGCGAAAAAGGCUAAAAGGGGGAAAGAUGUUCCUUUCAUGACUGCUAACCAGACUGACUUGGCAAAGUCGCAAACAGCGUCUGGCCCCGGGUCAAACAUUGCCCAACAAAAGUCUGUUGCUAACACCUUCACUCUCAAUGAACGUCGUAAUUACGAUGAUACCUCGACAGAGUCGACAGAGGCGAGGAAUUCUCUAAAAUCGAUGCCAAAAUCCAAGGAAGUUAUCAAUAUCAGUGAUAGCCAGGACAAUCUUCAAGAACAAUCCCAAGAAGGCCCUACAUCAACUUCCGUUAAUGUUAUAGACGAUAAGCCAGUUGAAGAGCAACCAAAAUCAAGAGUUCAUGAUAGGGACGCUCGCCAAAGUGCGCAUACUGUGGCCAAUACUUCCAAGCCUCCUAUACACCUUGAGAUUCGUGAUUCCCAAGAAGAUGAAGAAACAACACAGGAAGGUGCGGAUCAACAAUUGUUAGCCCAAAACCGACGGAGGGAGCCCUCUGUCAUUGAUCUCGAGAAUGACGAGCCUCACAAAGGCGAGGAAACAACUGAACAAGAAUCUCGAGGUGGUAAAAGUUUGAUCGGCAAUGCUGUUGGUGUUUUCUGCAAUAUGUUCGGCAAAUCGACAGGCCAGGCAACCUUACUAGGCGAAGUUUCAGGACUUUUACCUGCACACGAAUGCCAGGGAGAGGAUCAUACCCAAGGUUUAGAAAGUCCAUCGCGUUCUGGUAUGAAUUCACCUCGACAACUGGAAAGUGAUAUAAAACUGAGAAGGAACGGAACAGUUUUACGUUCCCCGUCGCCAGAGCAGCGUGGCUCGAAUUUGGCAAAAUGGACAGGGUCAAAAUUCAACGAGGACGCGGUGGAUCUGACUAGCGAUGACCCAAUGCUUUUGGAUGAGCCUGAUGAUAGUUUCUCAAAGCUUCAACAAUUUCCGCCUUCCCCUCCGGUAGCUAGUUCGCGAAAGCAUGAUCGUCCAGAAAUCAAAACACCUGCUGUGACACGAUUCGCGCGGCAAGAUACUAGCUCAAGAACAAAGGCUCCUGCAGAACGCUUCCGUGAUCAUGCCAUGGAAGGGUUUGUAAACAAAAAACCGUUGUCUGGGCGAGAUUCUGCGGAGGCCAAGAUGAUUGCUCAGUGUAAGCCGUGA